CUCAAAGAUUUUGAGCUGCUGGCUCAGCAACGGGUUAAAUCAACCCUUUUUUAGAUCACCUAAAAGUUGUUGUCUUCCCUGUGGAGCCACGCAGCUGCAAUGUCCAUGCCCACCCAGAGACAUGGAGCCCCCAAGUCCUCCAGAUGAAAUUCCCUUUGCCUCUGCUUUUCCUGGUGCCACAAUACAUAAGAUUAUUUUAAUCUUGUCUUCUGUCAGCUGUCAAGUCAAUGAUUAAUUCCACCUCAAGGACAUCUCCUGAAAGGCUGACCGAACAGCACAGCCCAUGGUGGGGAGGUUCAAGGGACAAUUGUGCAAGACAAAAUAAAAGGGGUGGGGAAAAAAAGAAGAAGAAAGGUUUCUGCUGGGUGUUUGCCCUCAGUAUGUCCUAGAGAACCAUAAUUAUGAACCCAAUUACUCCACCAAUGCCCAGGACUGUGCAGAUGGAGUGUGAGAGCUUCCGCUGGCCCUGUGCAGUUCAUGCUGCUCUUCCCCAGGCCCCAAAGUGCCUCUUUACAUCCAUUUUCCUCAAUUUCUGGCUGUAGCCAGCACACUGCACAACCUGGGCAACAGAACAACCAGCCCUGGUGGCUCCUGUGUGGCUCUGUCCAGCUGAACCUCCCCGGCCACCCCUGACCCCACCAGGCCGCCGUGUCCCCUCACAGCUGCCCCAGGCAGGGCCCUGAGGGUCCCUCAAGGCUGAGGGAGCAGCAAGAGCGCGGUGCCAGCUGCCCCUGCUGGUGUCACCAGGCCAAGGCAGCCCCAUGGAGGCCAUCCAGGCUUCCUUCCAGAAGGUGGAGAAGAUUGGGGAGGGCACCUAUGGUGUGGUGUACAAGGCUCGCAACAAGCGCACGGGGCAGCUGGUGGCCCUCAAGAAGAUUCGCCUGGAUGCGGAGUCAGAGGGUGUCCCCAGCACUGCGAUCCGAGAAAUCUCGCUGCUGAAGGAGCUGAAGCACCCUAACAUAGUCAGGCUCCUGGAUGUCAUACACAGCCAGAAGAAGCUCUAUAUGGUGUUUGAAUAUCUGAAUCAGGACCUGAAGAAGUACAUGGACUCAUGCCAAGCUGGAGAGCUUCCUUUAAGCUUGGUCAAGAACUACCUUUUCCAGCUGCUGCAGGGUGUGAGCUUCUGCCACUCGCACAGAGUCAUCCACAGGGACUUGAAGCCGCAGAACUUGCUCAUUAACGAAGCAGGAGCAAUCAAGCUGGCUGAUUUUGGACUGGCAAGAGCUUUCGGGGUCCCUCUACGCACAUACACUCAUGAGGUGGUGACUCUGUGGUACCGAGCCCCUGAAAUACUGCUGGGAUGCCGAUACUACUCGACCCCUGUGGAUAUCUGGAGCAUCGGCUGCAUCUUUGCAGAAAUGAUGACCAGGAAGGCCCUGUUUCCAGGGGACUCUGAGAUUGAUCAGCUCUUCCAGAUCUUUCGCACCCUGGGCACUCCCACCGAGGUGACCUGGCCUGGGGUGACCCAGCUCCCUGACUACAAGGGCAGCUUUCCCCGGUGGCCAAGGAAGGAGAUGAAGGACAUUGUUCCAAACUUAGAUCGAGAUGGGAGAGACUUACUGACGCAAUUGCUCCUGUAUGAUCCCAGCAAGCGCAUCUCAGCCAAAGCAGCCCUCAACCACCAGUACUUCCACUGCAGAAACUCUGGGAGCCCUGAGCAGCGACCUGUGCUGCGGAGAGACUGCAGAUGAGAGGACACAGCUCUCCCCAAGCUCUUGCAGCUCCAGGUAGCACUGCAGGUGUGGCCUGGGGCACUUAGCAGGGGCCUGGCUGGAGCCCAGAGGCUUGCUUCUCCUCAGGAGCCUGAAAGGGGACAUUCUUGGCAUUUAGAGACUUUCAGUCUGUUGCUGGGGGAAUGUUUGGGUUACAGCCAGGAGAGCUGUUUUGAAGAGGUCAUGUGCAAUUUUCAGCAUAAACCACUGAAAUAUAGAGAAGAGAGCAUCUCUCCGAGGUUUGUCCUUCCACUAGUGAUUUAAGGUGACACACACUGAUUUCUGUCUCCAGCACUGGAGCAUCCCCAGGCCUGUUGGUGGCAGUUACUGGCACCAGGGAAGGCGGGCAUUUCUCUGUCAGCCCUUUGCUACUGUUAUCAGCCAGGCUUCUCAGCAUUAGACAGGCUGUUUAGUCUGGGCUGUUUAACAGAGCUGACAUCCUGCUCUUUGACAAGCUGAAGAGCACUAUCAGGUGUCUUAGUUUGUGCUUUAGCUGGAACCAAGAGGCCAAAAGAUCCAGUUAGCAUAAAGCAGAUCCAGUUAGGAUAAAGCACUUGCUGCAUAUGACUGGAAACAGGGAGCAGCUAAACCACCACUCUAUCAUCAUUCCACAUGUAAUGCUGUUCCCUUUGCUUUAUUGUAUUGGAAAUGUUUUUGCUGUUCAAAUGUUUGGGGGAUUGUCUCUGACUCUUGGUGUGGUGUUGACAUCUUAAUUUCUUUUUCUUCAGUAUAAAAUAAAUACUUGUCAUUUGUUC